AUGAGAAGAAGUGAAAACGCAGAGAAUCUAAAUCCUGAGGAUAAAUCAGAAAGCUGUGGAGAGGAUUCUGGAUCCCAGAAGGAAGAGGAAUCAGGAAUUGUUAGUAUAAAGACUGAAAACAGAGGUGGAGAUGAAACAGAAAAGCAGGAGAGUAGCAGUUCUGAACGAUGCAAUGCAGGAGAAAAGGACGAGGAAGAUCUAGAUGGAGAUAAAGAUGAUGGUGACGCUGAAGGAAAAGAUAACAGUCAGACAGAUGAAGAGCAAGAGGAGAGAGAUGGGGAGGAGGAUCAUGAGGCUUCUGGGAGAAAGAGUGCAACAGAGGAAGACGAGGAGACAGAGGAUGAGGUUGAGGAGCAGGAGUCAGAGGUAAAGGGUGAGCGUGGAGAAGAACAGUCAGUCAGGUUAGAGAAUGAAUAUGGUGAGAACGGAAAAGAGGGUUCUGCAUCUUCUCAGGAUGAAGAGGUGGACCAGGAUGAGAGUGACGGAGGUGAGGAAAACAUGGAGGACGAGGAGUCAGAUGAAGAGGAACAGAGAGGAGCCUUAGCAGGAGAACCAGAGGAGGAAAGAGACUCUGAUGACAGUAUCAUCUCACCACAGGACAAGUCUAAAAAGAUGCACAUUAUUCCAGAGGAGGCAAGUGAAGAAGAUGAGGAGGAAGAGGGGAGUAAAACAGGAUCAUCUGAAGAUGACUCGAACGAGAUCAGUGAUGAGGACGAUGUUGAGAAUCUACUUGCACCUCAAGAAUCACAGAAAAAAGAAGAAAAGGACUGGAAAGCAGAUGAGCAACCCAAAGCAAUUUGUGACAACUUGGAGAUUUUUCAUGUGGAGCCGGACAAAUCUACAAAGUCUGGUCACCAAAGUGACUCUGAUGAGUUUGACGACUUUUAUGGUUAA